AUGGAAAUGCUACCAGAGCCAGCGCAGCCCAUCGCCCGUACGCGAACUUUCGGGGGCAAUCGGGCAUUCCACAACUGGGCAAACGACUUCAGCCAUAUCCAAGAUCCAAACCUCAGACGUCGGCUCGCCCUCUCAGAGAUAGACAAGGUUCCCUUUGGACUAUACCACGUCCGAGCGGUGGUAGUGGCCGGGAUCGGAUUCUUCCUCGAUUCAUACGAUAUAUUCGCCAUCAACCUCAUCACGACGCUGCUCGGCGUCGUCUUUUGGCAGGGUUCGCCCGAAGAUGCGGGCAACGGCUACGGAGGGAAUUACGGGUCGUUACCGACUCCCGUCAGCCAAGCGUUUAAGGCGUCCACCAGCGCUGGUAUCGUCAUUGGGCAGGUGUUGUUGGGGUGGUUGGCGGAUGUCUUCGGACGGCGUCGCAUGUAUGGAGUUGAGUUGGGAAUUAUUGUCGUCUCAACGCUGGGUUGUACUCUGGCUGCACCGUCCCAGUCGAUGAGCUUUACCGGCCUUAUGACAUUCUGGCGGAUUAUGAUGGGCGUCGGGAUUGGAGGUGACCACCCGUUAUCAUCCGUGAUAACAGCCGAGUUCUCGCCCACCCGCUGGAGAGGCGCCAUGAUGGCCGCAGUAUUUUCCAUGCAGGGGCUAGGUCAACUUUCCGCUGCCGUCGUCGCCCUUAUCGUGACAGUCGCCUUCAAAGACGCGUAUCACAAUGCACCCAACGUAACCCAAUGCGACUACAUGUGCCAAACGGCUGCGGAUCGUUCAUGGCGUAUCAUUGUUGGCGUCGGCGCUCUUCCCGCUUGUUUUGCGCUUUACUACCGCAUCACUAUUCCCGAGACACCGCGGUACACGUUCGAGGUGGCGAAGGAUGUCGAGAAGGCGGGCGCUGACAUCAAGGCCUAUAUGGCGAGUAAGUCGGAGGGAGAGAUUGAUGAGAUCCAGCAAGCCAGGAUGAAGAAGGUUGCCUCCCCCUCAUUGAACAUACCUUCGGCCUCCUGGCCCGAUCUGUUCUCCUAUUUCAGACAGUGGAAGAACGCUAAGGUUCUGAUUGGGACAACCAUGUCUUGGUUCUUCUUGGACCUGGCCUUUUAUGGCUUGGGCUUGAACAACACUAUAGUCUUGCAUGCAAUCGGCUAUGCAAGUGGGGAGACUUUGUACCAUCAACUCUUCAACAACGCAAUAGGAACCAUUAUUCUCGCCGUGGCAGGCUCACUCCCAGGCUAUUGGACCGCCAUCUUCACUAUCGACACCCUUGGGCGGAAGCCGCUGCAGAUAUUCGGAUUUAUAUUUUUGACCAUCAUUUUCUGCAUUCUCGGAUUUUUCUAUCGGCACCUCCACCAGGGCGCCAUGUUGGCCCUGUACGUCAUCGCCCAAUUUUUCUUCAACUGGGGCCCUAACACAACGACCUUUGUCCUCCCCGGCGAAUGCUUCCCGACGCGCUACCGAUCCAGCGGCCACGGCCUCUCGGCAGCUAUGGGCAAAGUCGGCGCCAUCGUCGCCCAGGUCAUCUCGAUCCCGCUCCUGAACAAGGACUCGCCCGCUGACUGCGUUGGGAGCGCCUGCUCACCCUGGAUCGACCGCCUUAUGCAGAUAUUUGCAUUGUUCAUGUUUUGCGGGACACUAUUUUCGCUGCUCAUCCCUGAAACGAAGGGCAUUAGCCUUGAAGAAUUAGCGGGCGAGCCGCCGACUUCGUACAACGCCGGCCAGAAUAGAAGUGGUGUGGCCCCACCAAAGAGAAGAUGGCGGAAUCCGUUUUCGGGCGGGCAGCCGGCGGGGUUCAACUACCGGGCCGCGAAGGGAGGAAAUGCGCGGAAUGGUCGAGUGGGCAUCAUGACGUCGCCUGAGUUCGCGGCGCAGCAAGCGCAUGCUUCGAAAAGAGAGGGUAGGAGAUGGAAGCGCAAAAGGGGCGGAAGCAAAGAUGGCGCUGGUUACGAGAUGAGCAGCACGAGCUCGACGAUGGGUAUCGUAUCCUCGGCGGUUACCACUGCCAGAGAGGAUGGAGAUGUUUCCGGAGCACACGGUGGUUUGUUACCCGGCUGGGGAGCUGGCUGGGGGAGGGUGGAUAGGGGAGGACAUCCGACUCCGAUUGAGAAUAUCAAGUUAACGGACGUUGGUAGUCUGCUGAAGUGA